AUGAAAGGAUACAAAGAAGCCAGUGCUGCAAUAUGUGGAGCUAGUGUCUAUGGAAAGCUUAAGUUCGAGAGUGGGAUUCACAGGGUCCAGCGUAUUCCAAUCACAGAGAAAUCAGGACGAAUUCACACCAGCGCUGUAUCUGUUGCCAUCCUUCCCCAGGCUGAUGAGGUAGAUGUGCAGCUGAGGAAUGAAGAUAUGAGGAUUGAUACAUACAGGUCGGGUGGCUCCGGUGGCCAACAUGCCAACACUACAAACAGCGCGGUCCGUAUAAUCCAUCAUCCAACGGGGAUUAUGGUCUCCAUCCAAGACGAAAGAUCACAACAUAUGAACAAAGCUAAAGCACUUAAAGUACUGUGUGCAAAGCUCUACGAGAUCGAAAGGCUGAGACUACAGAACAGUCGAUCAAAGCUACGGUCUGACCAGAUUGGCAGCGGAGACCGUUCGGGACGCAUCCGUACAUACAACUUUCCACAAGGGCGUGUAACGGAUCAUCGUGUGGGAAUCACUCACCAUGCGAUCGAAGAUAUGAUGCAGGGAGAGAAUCUUGACUCCUUCAUCGACGCCCUUCUCUUGCGCCAAGAAAUGGACGCCAUUGCUUCUUUCAGCUCCAUUUCAUGA